GCUACAUGAAGGGUUGACUAAAUGUUACCCAUAGGGACCCUGAAUGAUUUUUAAACACAGCGAAAUUGGGAGGUAGAUCAAGCAAUUCGCUGUUUUGCUAUGCAAUAUCAGGUACAAGAAACAAAUCUAUCUUGAUGACUCAUACUAGAGAAAGGAAUGUUAGUGUCGGUCUUUGUAUUCCGUUUUUCUUCUUUUUUUUUCUCUUAUAGUGAUGCCUGAACAAAAAGAAGUACGGGUAGGCGUAGGUUGCUUUGUUACUUAUAUCUCAAGCAAGGAUAGCAAAAGACGUAUCUUGAUUGGUAAAAGAGCGGGUUCGCAUGGUGCAGGUACUUGGCAAUUACCUGGUGGUCAUUUAGAGAUGUUUGAGGAUUUCGAGACAUGUGCACAACGAGAGAUCUUGGAAGAAACUAACCUCCAUCUCGAUCGAUCGAGUAUCAGCAUGGUGACUGCAACCAACAACAUCAUGUUGCCAGAAAAGAAGCAUUAUGUAACCAUUUUUAUGUGGUCCAACAUUGAUGAAUCCAGCCUAGAUCAAGUCAAAGUCAUGGAACCUCAUAAGCUAGAAGGUGAAUGGGAAUGGGUUACUUUAAAUGAACUCAGGCAACGAAAACCCUUGUUUAGUCCCUUGGAAAAAUUAUUAACAGAACAUCAAAUACCAUUUGAUUAAUGAUUUUUGGAAUUGGAAUUUAAAAUAUACUUCAAGUUUUAACGCGCUCUCGACAAAUGCACUUUUGUUAACUAUUUUAGAAAUUCACUCAAUAAAAGUUACAAACUUGGUCGACAUGACUUAAAGUAGACGUGCAUGAAAAAUGUGAU